AUGUUUAUUAAUUUAACGGUUUCAAUUAACGCCGAUGCACUGAUUCAAUUAUAUGUUCGUCCAAAACAUGGUUUUACAACUGAAAACAUCGAAGUUCGUUGUCACGUCACGACUCCGUCGAUAUAUGAAAACAUCUAUCUAUCGGUGAGAACCGACAAUGUCAAACCGUCGGGAAUUCUUCUCAUGGUUGACAAUACAGUAAAUCAAUGUCGAAUUAACAAAGAAAAAUUCGUGCAAGUUAGCGUCUGCAACUCGACUUUGAUCGUCGUUCAUAUCAAUCAUAUAGUUCUUAAUGAUACAUUGCGCACGAUUGAGUAUUCAUGUAGUCAAGGCGAUGAUCAUGCCUAUAGUUCAUAUCGAAUCUUGCGAGAAGAACCCGCUCAAUACUAUGAUAGGAAAUCCAGCAAUUCAUCCUCGAUGCUAACUCAAACAUUAUCUUUUCUAUUAUUUAUUCUUCUAAUCACCAGACUAACUACAGCGGACGAUAUGGCAGCUAGUUAUUCAUUGACAUCGCAACGCGAGCGUAAUACUCAAGCGUUUUUUCCGAGUUCAGCGACGCAUGCUGAUCAAUGUCGUUUUGUGUGUCUCUAUCCAGCGUAUAUCAAUGUGAAAAAGACACGUGCACAAGGCCGCCGUGUUGGCAAAGCUAAAGCACUCGACAAUCCGACGGUGAACGAGAUGCGCGAUGUCCUCGAAAAUGCCGGUUUGAAAGUUGUUGUCGAACCUAAUCGGUUGUAUUCUCGGGAAGAAUCUCGCGAACCUCAACAGCGCGGUCGUAUCCGAGUGCAAUUGAAGAAUGCUGACGAGACAUUGGUGAAAGAGCAAUUUAAAAACAAAGAUGAUCUUCUAUUUUAUCUUGUGGAAAUGAUGCCGAAAUUGAAGACACGUUCAGGCAAUCAACAGCAACAAAAUCAACAAAGUCAACAGGGUGGUGGCAAAAACAAAAAACGUUAG